AGCAACAAGGAAAGCUCAGGCUACACAAAAUGUCAGAGACAGAGAGUGAAAGACAUUAGGAGAGAGAGAGAGAGAGGGGAAAGGAUUCUUACGAUGAUGAUGCACAACGGAAACAAUGGGUACGGGAACGGGGUGAUGACGGUAGCAUCGACGGGGACGACGUCGUAUCCGUCGACGACGAAUGCGCAAGCUCAGGCGCUGAAGACGUACUUCAAGACGCCAGAGGGACGGUACAAGCUCCAGUACGAGAAGACUCACCCCCCUGGUCUCCUUCCCUAUUCCCACGGAAAAUCCGUUUCUCUGGUAACUCUAGCACAUCUCAAGGAAAAGCUUACACAGGCUGGGCCAGCGCCGAGCUCAAGUGUGACUACGAGCAGUGGAGUGAGAUAUGCAGCUGCAAGGCUCUUAGGGGUUGGGGGCGGAAAUGGUGGUCGUGCGCUUAAUUUUGUUGGAGGGAAUGGCACAAGUAAAGCUGCUAAUGGAACUAGUAGAAUUAUUUCAUUGGCUGGGCCUAAUGGUAGUCAUUCUAUGCUUAAUGCAAAUUGUGAUGGUAAAGGGACCUAUUUGAUAUUCAAUGUAGGGGAUACUCUAUUUAUCAGCGACCUCAAUUCGCAGGAUAAGGAUCCUAUAAAAUCGAUACAUUUUAGCAGUUCAAACCCUGUCUGCCAUGCAUUUGAUCCUGAAUCCAAGGAUGGACAUGACUUGCUUAUAGGAUUGUACUCUGGAGAUGUUUACUCGGUGUCUUUGCGACAACAAUUACAAGAUGUUGGAAAGAAGCUUGUUGGUGCCCACCAUUAUAACAAAGAAGGUUCAGUCAGUACCAGUCGAUGUACCGGUAUUACAUGGGUUCCCAGAGGUGAUGGUACUUUUGUUGUUGCUCAUGCUGAUGGAAACUUGUAUGUGUAUGAAAAGUGUAAGGAUGGUACUGGUGAUUCUUCCUUUCCAGUUAUAAAGGAUCAAACCCAGUUUUCUGUGGCGCAUGCGAGGUCCAGUAAGAGUAAUCCAAUUGCGAGAUGGCAUAUCUGCCAAGGGUCAAUCAACAGCAUUGUUUUCUCUACUGAUGGUGCAUAUUUGGCUACAGUUGGCAGAGAUGGGUAUCUACGGGUAUUUGACUACUCAAAAGAACAAUUAAUAUGUGGUGGAAAAAGCUACUAUGGUGCUCUUCUAUGUUGUGCCUGGAGUGUUGAUGGAAAAUAUAUUCUCACUGGUGGUGAAGAUGAUCUAGUUACAGUAUGGAGUAUGGAAGAUCGGAAGGUAGUGGCAUGGGGUGAGGGGCACAACUCAUGGGUCAGUGGAGUGGCUUUUGACUCAUAUUGGUCAUCACCGACUUCAGAUGGCACAGAAGAAAAUGUCAUGUACCGGUUUGGUUCUGUUGGUCAGGAUACACAGUUGCUUUUGUGGGAUUUGUCGAUGGACGAGAUCGUAGUGCCACUUCGCCGGUGCCCACCGGGUGGGUCCCCUACAUUCGGUACUGGAAGCCAAUCACCUCAUUGGGACAGCGUUUGCCCGGUGGGUAUUCUCCAACCUGCACCAAGCAUGCGAGAUGUUCCAAAGCUCUCCUCUGCAUUAGUUGCCCACCGUGUCCAUUCCGAACCCCUUUCUGGCAUAAUUUUUACUGAGGAAUCUAUUCUCACCGCAUGUCGGGAAGGGCAUGUCAAGGUUUGGAUUAGACCUGGAAUUUCUGAAGGCCAAUCUAGCAACUCAGAAGCCCUUGUAGGUACUAGUUCAAAGGAGCAACCGUUAGUUAGGGGUGAAAAUGCGGUUACGGUUAGCGGUUUUUGGACAAAACCGCUAACCGCUAACCGGCUGGGUGGUUAGCAAAAAUCGCUAACUGCCUCCGCCAGCCGGGAACCGGGAAUCGCCUUCAUUUUUAUUUUUUUUUUUCUUUCUUUUUUAGCUAUUGGACCUGAUUUGUUUUGAAUCUUUUUUUGGCCUAGUUUUCUAUUAUGCAAUAUGCUCAUCCACAGAGGCACAGACGUUGCCAUUUGCCAAGCAUAAUCAAAUGGCCAAAUCAGUGAACAACCAUGGUCCAUGAUCUUCUUUUUAAUUAACCGCCUUUCUAGGUCGGUUAUUGGUUACCGGUUAGCGGUUACCGGUUUUUAGGUAGUUUUAACGAUUUUGCGGUUAUACGGUUAACGGUUUUGCGGUUAUACGGUUAACGGUUAGCGGACGGUUAUUGCGGGCGGUUAUUUUCACCCUUAUCGUUAGUGACAGGAAAAACUGGUGCCUCUAGUAGUUAUAAAUCUGUACAUCUAUAAGUUAACACGAAAAGUGUCAAUACCUUAUAAUGCUUCUUGUUUUUACAUGAUUGCGGA